CCCUCAAGGCCAUGCCCACUUCAGACUUCACCCGUGCACGAUUUCUUCCUCGAUCACCCGCGCUCUCUCUACAAGAGACGUUGCAUCGGUCAAACAGUUGACAGUUCUUGCCCCCAUGGAUCCGUGGAUCGGGCAGCCUUCGCUCAGCCUGGACCUCAACGUCGGCCUGCCGACAGCGCGGCCGGCGCCGGCGCUGAAGCCGAAGGUCCUGGUCGAGGAGAACUUCUUGCCCGUGAAGAAAGAUCGAGAGGUUGAGGCGCUGGAGGCGGAGCUCCGGCGAGUGAGCGAGGAGAACAAGACGCUGAGCGAGAUGCUGCGGGCGGUGGUGGCCAAGUACACCGAGCUGCAGGGCCAGGUCAACGACAUGCUGGCGGUGGGCUACAGCGCCGCCGCCAACCGCCAGUCGUCCACGUCGGAGGGCGGCUCGGCCGCCUCGCCGUCCAGGAAGCGGAUCCGGAGCGACAGCCUCGACACCGCCGGCGGCGGCCAGCACCACCACCGCAAGCCCUCGCCGCCUUUCUCCAUCCCCGUUCCCGACCAGAUGGAGUGCACGUCGGCCGCCGCCGCCGCCGCCGUCCACGAGCCGCCCAGGCGCAUCCUGGAGGAGUGCAAGCCCAAGGUGUCCCGGCGCUACGUCCACGCUGACCCCUCUGACCUCAGCCUCGUGGUGAAAGAUGGGUACCAGUGGCGGAAGUACGGGCAGAAGGUGACCAAGGACAACCCGUGUCCGCGCGCCUACUUCCGGUGCUCGUUCGCGCCGACGUGCCCGGUGAAGAAGAAGGUGCAGCGCAGCGCGGAGGACAAGACCAUCCUGGUGGCGACGUACGAGGGAGAGCACAACCACGGGCAGCCGCCGCAGCACGACGGCACGAGCGGAGGAGCCACCUCGAAGCAGCCCCCGACGAGCAACGCCGCCGGGGCGCUGUCGCCACCGCAGCCGCAGCCGCAGCAGAGGAAAGAGCCGCCGGCGGCUACGGCGGGGCCGUCGGAGGCGGUGAGGAAGAACCUGGCGGAGCAUAUGGCGGCGACGCUGACGAGGGACCCGGGGUUCAAGGCAGCGCUCGUCAGCGCGCUCUCCGGCCGGAUCCUUGAGCUCUCGCCGACCAGGGAUUAGCGCCUAAUUAAUUAAUUAGUCCGUAGCUAGCGAAUUCAUUAGACAUGGUUAUAUUAGCUCAAAUCAAAGAGGUGAAUUAUUUGAGUUGCUUAUUAUGCAUCCGUCAUUGCAGUUGCUUCCUGGACGAUGAAGAGAGAGGUGAUUAGGCUAAAGAUUAAUCGCCUGUAUAUAUUUGUACUUGAUUAUUAAAUAGCUCUACAAGCAUGUCGCCGAGCGCUUGGCUUGGAUGCUAAUGCAUGGAACAAUUGCAAUU